CCAAGCCCAUUGUUCCUUAACUCUCUCCUCUAACGGAGGCCUCUGCGUGUUGCCAUGGCAGAUUCUCUUCCAGGGAAGGACCCAGGGAGUCCAGCGCACAUGCUCAGAAAUAUGCAGACGCACAGGUGCCAUUAGCUGGUUGCAGCGGCCAUUCAAAGAGAGCGUCACAAAGGCAAGCAAGAGAUCAGGAGGACAACUCAACCGACAAGAUGCUGAAACUCUGGCUUAGCAAAGGGGUCGUUCUUGUGCCUUUAAUUCUGGUCGUUGGGCUUCUUUCUACAAAGCCAGCUACAGGUGAAGAAGAACCUGGAACAACGAUCCCUGCAGAAAGUCGUCCGUGUGUUGACUGCCAUGCGUUUGAAUUCAUGCAGAGAGCCCUGCAAGAUUUAAAGAAGACAGCUUAUAAUUUAGAUACACGGACAGAAACCUUGCUGUUCAAAGUGGAGAAGCGAACCCUGUGUGACUGCUUAACUGCAAACGCCUUAAACUGAGCGCCGGAUGGCCGCCUAGGAGCUGCCCAUUCUUCAGUUUCAAAACACAGGCAGAGCUAGAAGCCUGUCAGCUGCAGGACACUCAUAAGACUAGGUAGAGGGAUUUGGGCAUGAGAUGGCCGUGUUUCCACUUCCUGACGGUUUGUACGUGUCUCUGUUUUGUUCCAUAUUACUAUUAGCAUGAGUGGCAAGAUAUUUUCAAAGGGAAGGCGAGAGCCGGAAGGGACACAGUUAUGAAUUGUUGUAAAAUAAAUCCAGAUGAUAUUUUGA